CCCAUAGGCUAUAGGGCUGUAGACUACCCAUCAUCCUCCUCCUGGUCCCAGCCAUCAACCAUGCCAUUUCAUUAGCCUCCAGAGCAGCUCAAGAAACAAUCAUAUUUAGACAGCUGCGUGGAUGAUUUUAAACAGUUUGCCUUUACUCUCACUUUCGGGUUGAUUCGUUUAAUUAUAUCCUACACUCUCUCUCUUUGUGAAGACCAUGCUGAUCUCGCCUCUGGCUGACAGAAACCAGAAGGAGCUGUGUUCGGUGUUGAGCGAUGUGUUGGAGGAGCAGUCUCACAGGGAACUCUUUGCCUUAGAGCUGGGCUCCGGCACCGGACAACAUGUGGUCAACUUCGCCCUGGCCUUGCCCUUCGUCACCUGGCAACCGUCAGACAUAAAAGAGGAAUCUCAGGAAAGUAUCAGAUCGUACAUUGCAGCAACCAGAGUGAAGACUGUCCUCCAACCUGUGCACCUGGAUGCCAGCCAACCCUGGGAGAAGUGGGCGGGUCUUCCAUGCAGCUCUUGUGAUGUCAUCGUUGCGAUCAACCUGCUUCAGUACAGCUCUUUCAAAACAGUGGAGGGUGUAUUGAAAGGAUCAGGGCGACUGCUCAGACAAAACGCCGUCUUGAUCACACACGGGCCCUACGCAAUCAACGGCACCAUCAGCCCCAGCUGCAUGGAGGACCUGGACAAGGAGCUACGAGAGAUGAACCCUGAGUGGGGUCUACCAGACAUAGAUACUUUGAGACAAUUGGCAUUUGGGAAUGGGCUACGAAUGGAAAGGAUGAUUGAAAUGGAGCAGUACAAUAAAUGCCUGGUCUUCAGGAAACUUUGAGGAUUUCUUGUGCAACUCAUAUAUUACUAAUUCAUUUAUGAAGCAUGGAAUAAUCUGUGUGUAAAUAAAAUAUCAAACUCAUUGAAUACACAUCCCCAUCUAUCUUAGUCUGGUCCCAGAUCUGUUUGUAGUCUUGCCGACUCCAUUUGUCACAGUCCAACCAAACAUCCUGGAAUGAGUUGGCAUGAUUGAACACAUUGGCACUCUGGCUACUUUAUUCUUAGCUUCCAAAUAAUAAAAUGAUGGAAAAACACAAAGCAGAUGGACAAUAGAAGAACAAGAUAUUUAUUAAAUAUAAUCUUAAAAUUACUUUGAAGUCAGACAGAAGAUCAAUAAUGACAGAGUACAGAAGAAGUACACAGAUGGCAUUAACGUGGUUACAGAAGAACUUGUCGACCCUGGGGGGGGUGGU